CGUUAAAAAACAUAUCUCCGGUCAAGAGAUGUAAUCAAUUUCGUACUUCAAAAACAUUUGAAUGUAUGUUCAUGUAAGUAGUUUUGUAAUAGUAUCGUUUACUAUUCAAGUGAGUCGUGUAAACUGUUUUGUUAAAGUUUCUGCAUGCUUGAAAAAUAUUUAAGAAAAGUUAAUAUCCCCUUUACGUUGUGUAGUUUUAAAACCUGUUCAGUUAAUUGUGACCGACUUUGACGGAGGUGUCGUGUGAGAAUAUUCGUUCAAAAAGGAUAAAAUGAGGACAAUGCGAAUAGCUAGGAAAAGGGCAGUAGCAGUUUUCUUUAUCAUAAGUGUUUUAAUAUUUACCUACACCAUGACUUUCGGAAACACUCUAAUCGUUGAAAGGAAAGACUCCAAAAACUAUAUUCAAUACAACAACGCUGAGAAGAUGUUGGAACCAGGGGAUAUCAAGUAUUCGAUAAAUAAUAAAAACAUCUGUAAACAACACCAUGUGGUAUCAUGCAUUGUUCUUGUCCAUUCGGAAGUAACACAUUUCAAUCGACGUUUAGAACUCAGGAAUACUUGGUUGAAUUCGACGUUUUACAAAGGGAAAGUUGUCAAAGUGGUUUAUUUAGUUGGCACUGUUAAUGAUGAAACCCUCACAAAGAAACUGGUGAAAGAGAAUCGACAGUAUGCUGAUAUUAUACAGGGAAAUUUUAUUGAUACGUUUCGUAAUUCAACAUAUAAAGGAUUCAUGGGAAUAAGAUGGGUGAAUGAAUACUGCUUGAAUGCUGACGUCGUUAUAAAAACUGAUGAUAAUGCUUUUAUAAACUUGUUUCUGUUUUUUGAACAAUACUAUAGUCAUAUUAUAGACGACGCCUAUAUAAUGGGAGCGUACAUGCAAUCCAGUAAAAUUAUUCGAUCUAAAUCAAGUAGAUGGUAUGUUCCAGAUACAUAUCUUAAAGGGAAACAGAUAUAUCCUUUGCCUUAUUUAAGCGGAUAUGCUGUGUUUUUACCAACAACUCUGAUCCCUAGUUUUUACAUGGCUGCUAUAUCGUCAGAUUUUUUUCCUGUCGAGGAUUAUUAUCUAUUUGGUGUUCUGCCUGCAAAAAUCAAAAAUUAUAAAAACGGCGUCAAAUUUCAAUUCUUAGAUAACAAGAAAUAUAUGAUUGGGGACGAAGGACAAUGGAUAAGCUGUUAUGCCUCCUCAUUUCAAAAAUGCAAAUUUCUGACACUUUUUACCAGCAGUCAUCGCCUUGAUAUUGAAAGACUAUGGUAUUCAGUAAUCAAAGACAGAAAUCUUAUGAAUUAAGAAUCAUUGAUAUCGCAAAACAUGUAUUCGUCGCUCUUACGGUAAAUCUUAUAUCACGUGGGAAAUGGAAAGCUAUUAAAAGAAUUAAAAUACAUACUAUGUAAUUUCAUUUGGUUGGACAAAGUGAAUAAAUAAAGUAAUUUCUCCGGAA